AUGUUCGAACACACCGAUGUGAAGAUGAUCAAAAAUCGCUCGGAGCUCUUCAAUCGCUAUGACUCCAGAAUUUCUCAGCUUAGUCGAAUACAAGAGAUUCAAAAGAGCAUUGACAACUUUGAGGGCAAUCCUAUCGGAAAGACUUGCUCAGAACUUAUCAAACAGGGAGAUUUGGCUAUGGUCCGGCCUUCAUUAACCUUUUCACCAGAAAUUAUGAGAAAAGGGCGGUGGAAAACGGAGAGACAUCUUUUCCUGUUUGAUCAUUUGCUGGUACUUUGUAAGAAGCAUAAACAGUACAAGUUUAAAGAACGCAUUACUGUAAACCUCAUGGAUAUUGUUGACAUGGAAGACAGUGAGGAGCGCAUUACUGUAAACCUCAUGGAUAUUGUUGACAUGGAAGAUAGUGAGGUCCUGAAGCAUUCAUUUCGACUGGAAUCUCGUGAAAAACCGGAUUUGACCCGGACAUUCAUCAUGAUUUGUAAAUCUGCAGAGGAAAAAUUGGACUGGAUGUCUGCCCUGGUGACGGUGAAUACGAGAAGGUGCAUACUGGCAUUCGGUGCUUUUCUAAACGUCUUAUCGAGUUGUUCGAGCUCUCGAAAUGGCCGUGAAACUACUAUAUAUCUUCACCGAGGAGCUAAUCUUAGGUUUUAGUA